AUAGAGCAAAGUUGAUAGACAUUUUGAAUUCACGAGGUGUCAGGACCUGAAACAAAGAAAAGCAAUGCCACCCAUUUAAAAAGAGAGAGAAAGCUGAAGAAGACAUCACAAGAAUCAGAAAAAGAAAUUAGCCACACAGAGAGAGAGAGAGAGAGAGAGAGAGAGAGAGAGAGAGAUGCGUCGGUUAAGCAACACGGUGAUCGGCUUCCUGAACCUUUUUACACUCUUAGCUUCAAUACCCAUCAUUGGUGGAGGCUUAUGGAUGGCAAGGAAUAGCACAUCCUGUGAGAGUUUCCUCCAAACCCCACUUCUAGUUGUGGGUUUUGUUGUCCUUGUUAUUUCCCUAGCUGGUUUCAUUGGGGCAUGCUUUCAUGUAGCAUGGGCACUUUGGGUUUACUUAGUGGUCAUGUUGUUCCUUAUUGGAACUCUAAUGGCUUUGACUGUGUUUGGUUUUGUGGUCACAAGCCAAGGUGGUGGUGUUGAAGUACCUGGUAGGGUUUAUAAGGAGUAUCGUUUACAGGACUACUCACCUUGGUUGAGGAAUAGGAUUAAGGAUCCUAAUUAUUGGAUGACUAUUAGGAGUUGUAUAUUGGGCUCUAAGACUUGUGCCAAGAUUGCUCUUUGGACACCUCUUGAUUAUCUUGAGAAGGACAUGUCUCCAAUACAGUCUGGUUGCUGUAAGCCACCAACUUCAUGCAAUUACAACAUGGCAACAGCGGUAGCCCAAGACCCGGAUUGCUACCAUUGGAACAAUGCGCCCGACUUGUUGUGCUACGAGUGUGAUUCUUGCAAGGCCGGGGUGCUUGAGAAUGUGAGAAGGGAUUGGCACAAGCUCUCUGUUCUAAACAUUGUAAUGCUUGUGUUCCUUAUUGGGAUUUAUUCAAUCGGCUGCUGCGCUUUCCGAAACACAAAACGAGCUGAAACUGAAUACCCUUAUGGCGAAAACCGAGUCAAACAUAUCAAACCCAGAUGGGAUUAUCACUGGUGGAGAUGGUUGCAAGACAAAAGAGAAGGGCUUUAUUAGCUAAAGAAGUUCUGAUGUUCUCUCAGAUUCAGUUUGUGUUCCUGAGUGCUCUAAUACAGAUGGGACAGACAAUGCAGUUUAUUUUCCAGUGUUGCAUUUGAGAUCUCCAUGUCUUCUUUUUAUUUUACAGACUUCUUUUGCUGCUUUUUGUACAAAGAUGGAUUUUAACUUUAAUCAAAGAUCAUAUUAUUAGUUAAUACCAGUAGCUUUUACUUUCA